AUGUCAGCGUGAAGUGCGAGGGCAAGCUAGGCCCCACCACCUAACAAGACAAACUCAACAACGGUCAACGCUUCCCACUUCUCACGGAAUCCCCGCCACCCACCACGUGCCAUCUUCUCAUUGGACCUCCCCCUUCUUCAUCUCCUCUCCUAUAUCUACGCCUUCAAUUCUCUUCCAUUUUGCUACGCAUUCUUUUCCUUCAGGGUUAAGCGGUGAGAUUUGCGAAUCUGAGAAAUGGCGGAUUCUUCUCGGGAGGAGAACGUUUACAUGGCGAAAUUGGCGGAGCAGGCCGAGCGUUACGAGGAGAUGGUUGAGUUCAUGGAGAAGGUUGCAAAGACUGUGGAGGUUGAGGAGUUGACGGUGGAGGAGAGGAAUCUCCUCUCUGUGGCUUACAAGAACGUGAUUGGUGCGAGGAGGGCUUCGUGGAGGAUCAUAUCCUCCAUUGAGCAGAAGGAGGAGAGCAGGGGCAAUGAGGACCACGUGGCCAUUAUAAAGGAGUACAGGGGCAAAAUUGAGGCUGAACUCAGCAAGAUCUGUGAUGGGAUUUUGAACCUCCUUGAGUCCAACCUCAUUCCUUCCGCUGCAUCUCCCGAGAGCAAAGUCUUUUACCUUAAAAUGAAGGGUGAUUACCACAGGUACCUUGCUGAGUUCAAGACUGGGGCAGAGAGGAAAGAGGCUGCAGAGAGUACUUUGCUUGCUUACAAAUCCGCUCAGGAUAUUGCUCUUGCUGACUUGGCCCCCACUCACCCCAUUAGGCUGGGACUUGCUCUCAACUUUUCUGUGUUCUAUUAUGAAAUCCUUAACUCGCCAGAUCGUGCUUGUAAUCUUGCCAAGCAGGCAUUUGAUGAGGCAAUUUCCGAGCUUGACACAUUGGGUGAAGAGUCAUACAAAGAUAGUACAUUGAUCAUGCAACUUCUCCGUGACAAUCUGACUUUGUGGACAUCAGACAUCACGGACGAUGCUGGAGAUGAGAUCAAGGAAACAUCUAAGCAACAACCAGGCGAAUAGGCGAUGGCAGUAGCGAUGUGGUAGUUGAUUGGAUAUGUAUUACCGAUAAUAUGGAUCCAAUGUGGCUUGCCAUAGUGGGAUUAUUGUAUUAAUGAAUUUUAUGAUUUCAAGUGCGCGUUGCGCUUGGGAUUUACAAUGUUUCAGUGGAUUGUCUAAUGUGUUUUAUGGAUGAGAAGAAUGUGGUUUAGUGAUUUAUAAAUUUUUUAUUGUUGCUAGUAGCGUUUUUGUGAGAUUCAUUUUUCAUUUGAUGUUGUUUGUUUAUGCUCCUAAAUCACUUGCUGAGCACAGGCCGUGACAUACUCCCUCCAUCCUGUAAUAAAUCUUCGUGUGUAAGGAGAAAAAAUGAGUUUCAAAAUA